AUGUGGUCCCAGAGGAACCAACUAACCAAUGUCACACAGGAAGAAUUUCUAUGUGGUCCCAGAGGAACCAACCUACACGAAAGUCAAUGUGGUUACGGAGGAACUAACCUCACUGAAAUUCUAUGUGGUCCCAGAGGAAACCAACCUCCACGAAAGUCAAUUGGAAGCAUAGAGGAACUAACCUCACUGAAGUUUUAUGUGGUCCCAGAGGAACCAACCUACACGAAAAAAUUCAAUGUGUCCCAGGAAGACCAACCUACGAAAAUCAAUGUGGUCCCAGAGGAACUAACUCCCUCACUGAAAUUCUAUGUGGUCCCAGAGGAACCAACCUACACGAAAGUCAAUGUGGUUACAGAGGAACUAACCUCACUGAAGUUCUAUGUGGUCCCAGAGGAACCAACCCACACAGAGGAAAGUCACUUUCUAUGGGUCCCAGAGGAACCAACCUACACGAAAGUCAAUGUGGUUACAGAGAGGCCAACCUCACUGAAAUUCUAUGUGGUCCCAGAGGAACCAACCUACACGAAAGUCAAUGUGGUUACAGAGGAACUAACCUCACUGAAGUUCUAUGGGUCCCAGAGAGGAACCAACCUACACGAAAAGGAACCAACCUACACGAAAGUCAAUGUGGUUAGAGAAACCAACCUCCUGAAGUUCAAUGUGGUCCCAGGAGGAAACCAACCUACACGAAAGGUGUUUACAGAGGAACUAACCUCACUGAAGUUCUAUGUGGUCCCAGAGGAACCAACCUACACGAAAGUCAAUGUGGUUACAGAGGAACUAACCUCACUGAAAUUCUUUGUGGUCCCAGAGAAACCAACCUACACGAGGUUACAGAGGAACCUUCUCCCUGAAUGUGGUUACAGAGGAACCAACCCACACGAAAGUCAAUGUGGUCCCAGAGGAACCAACCUCACUGAAAGUUCUAUGUGGUCCCCCAGAGGAACCAGCCCCACGAAAGUCCCAUGUGGUCCCAGAGGAACCACACACGAAAGUCACUGGUGUGGUUACAGAGGAACUAACCUCACUGAAGUUCUAUGUGGUCCCAGGAGGAACCAACCCACACGAAAGUCAAUGUGGUUACAGAGGAACCAACUCACUGAAGUUCUAUGUGGUCCCAGAGGAACCAACACACUGAAAGUCAAUGUGUUUUACAGAGAACUAACCUCACUGAAGUUCUAUGUGGUCCCAGAGGAACCAACCUACACGAAAGUCGAAAAUGUGGUUACAGAGGAACUAACCUCACUGAAGUUCUAUGUGGUCCCAGAGGAACCAACCUACACGAAAAUCAAUGUGGUUACAGAGGAACCAACCUCACUGAAAUUCUAUGGUUCCAAGAGGAACCAACCUACGAAAGUCAAUGUGGUUACAGAGGAACUAACCCUCACUGAAGUUCUAUGUGGUCCCAGUUUAACCAACCUACACGAAAAUGUAAUGAUUUACAGGAACUAA